UAUAUUAUCGAUAUACUACUAGUACACAAAUGCAGAAUUGUAGACCAAGAUGGCGGCCCCCAGAGAUUUAACUCCGUUUAUGCAAGUACUAAGGAAUUUAUUACUAGGGAGGAAAGUUAAAAAUCAUCUUCGAUUUGAAGGAAGAAUAGCAGCAAGGACACAGCCACCUCCAAACCUGCCCCCAGGUGUUUCCGACAAGUUGUCAGACAACUAUUACUUUACUCGUGAUGGGCGCAGAGAACUGACACCCCCUGAGAUUGUGUACAAAGCACAGCCGUUACUGACAUCUCAAAAGGAAAAAAUAAAAAUGUUGCCAAAGCCAGUGACUCCAGGCUGCUCGCAUCAAUGGGAUGCAAACUAGCUUGCUGUGUGAAAAUAUUGAAAGUGUAAAAUAAUUAUAAUACAGAUAUUACUGUAUAUUAACAAGCUCCAAAUGCAUAGCAGUUCAGCGCAUGAGCAUAGAACUCUCAUACAUGCAAAAAAGAUCCAUAGUAAAUAUUUUGUGUGAAAAAAAUGUUUUAACAUUUUUUGUGAAAAAAAAAUCAAUAUAUGAAUGUUGUCGCACUUAGGAAAGAUUUUGAGAAUGUACAUAUUGAUGUGUGGAAGCAUAAUUUGAAUAAACUGAGCGCAGUGACAUCAUUAGCUGAAGCUUGGUUACUGCUGUAAUAAUAAACUGAUAACAAGGUUGUUGCCAUGCACCUUCAAGGAGCAUGCACAUGGUACAUAAAACAUCAGUUGUGUCUAAGGUUGCAGUAAGCCUGGACGUGCUACAGGCAUCUGAACUUUUCUUCAAGUCUGUUUUAUAUAACAGUUGAUUUGUUCAAGCAGAUUUGAGGCUAAAAAUGACAAAACAAAUUGUUCCAAUAGUAUCUAAUGAUAAAUAUAAGUUUGAAACUUUA